AUGAUGUGGCUUGAGUUCCCUCAUCACUUCACGUCAAGCCGCGCAACACUCGAGCGCUCGAAUGCAGCGAACGGCCGGCAGGGCAAUAUCGAAGAAGAUCAAUACUAUACGGCGAAGCUAAGUCCGCAGGCCAAGAUGGGGACAGGCAAAGCAUUUAAGAACGGCUACGGCACGUUCUCAGGACUGCCUGGCUUCUUCACGAAGAGCAAGCCAGCGGCCGCAGCAUCAGAUCCAGCCAGGUCGGCAAGCCCUACACGACAAGAAGACAGGCCACAGUCGUCUUCCGACCCUCAAGACAGUUCGUCACAAGAGGUUGGGCCUCCUAAAGAAUCUUCCACGCCUCGCAAAUCUUUUUCGAAAAAGACGUGGAUUUUUAUAAUCAUAAUGUUUUCAUCUGUCAUCCUGGCCGUGGGCUUGUUAGCCGGCCUCCUGACUCGCAAGAGCCACGCUCAGACUGCCUCGGGACCCAACAUCGUCUUCAUUAUGACGGACGACCAAGAUAAGCGACUAGGGUCUUUGGACUACAUGUCUGUUGUGCAGAAGGAGCUUGUGGCAAAGGGUACUGAGUUCAGCAAUCACUAUACAACACAGGCUCUCUGCUGCCCAAGUCGGUCCUCCCUGCUCCGAGGACAACAGGUGCACAAUACCAAUAUCACGAAUGUGGUCAAGCCGGGCGGCGCAUACAACAAAUGGGUUCUAUCAGGCCAAGAUACGAACUAUCUGCCGCACUGGCUCAAAGAAGCAGGCUACAGGACGGAGUAUGUCGGGAAAAUCAUGAAUGGCUAUGGAAUUUCUAAUUACAAUGUCACAUUGAAAGGGUGGGAUCACGCAGAUUGUGUGCUUGAACCUUACAUCGACGAUUACAAUGUUCCUGUGUUCUCUAAGAACGGCGAACGACCAACAUAUUAUCCCGGCUACCACCAAACUGACAUCACGCGGAUCAAGGCGCUUGACCGGUUGGACUACCUUACCAACCAAUCUGAGCCAUUCUUUUUGGGAAUCACACCAUUCACGCCUCACAUUGCCUACCAGCAAAAAGGGCCAUCACACAGACCUAUUCCCCAGAAGAGACAUUUCGAUCAGUUCACGGACGUCACGGCUCCACACCCUCCCAACUUCAAUCCCACGGAUGAGUACCAAGAUGGCAAGUCCGGAUGGGUAAAGUGGCUGUCGCCCAUGAACGAGUCGGCAAUCAACUUCGCAGACUUUGUGUACAUGUCACGACUCCAAGCCCUGCAGGGCGUAGAUGAAAUCGUCGAGGAUGUAAUAACUAUGUUAGAGGAGAAGGGAGUCAUUAAUAACACUUACAUCAUCUACACGUCCGACAACGGCUAUCACCUGGGCCAGCACCGCGUGCCUGGAGGCAAGUCGCUCUUCUACAACGAAGAUGUCAACAUUCCAUUCGUGGUGCGCGGUCCAGGCGUUCCUGAAGGUGUCACAUCGACCAUUCCCGGACUGCACCUCGAUCUUGCACCUACAUUUCUCGAAAUCGCCGGUCUAGACAAGACAAAGUGGCCGGAGUUCUUCGACGGCCGCUCCCUCCUCGAGCAAUGGCACGAUCCCGUCUCAUACAACGCCACAGGUUCCGGCCAGGGUAAUGGCAAGGAAAGCAUCAAUAUCGAGUAUUGGGGCCUCAUCGGCAUCGAAGCUCCAAGUGCAGCCUCCCUCGGCGCGCCUUUUUACAACAACACGUAUAAGACCAUUCGCACCAUAGGGGAGGAGCAAAACUGGGCCUACGCAGUCUGGUGCAACGGCGAGACGGAACUCUACAAUGUCACGGCGGACCCCUACGAGCUCACCAACCUGGCACGCAACAGCUCCAGCGGCGGAGCUGUCGAGGCUUCCGCGCAGCAGGUGAUCAACCGGCUCAACGCGCUGCUGAUGGUGACCAAGUCGUGCGAGCAGGACCGGUGCCGCGACCCGUGGGCGCAGCUCAAGCCGGACGACAGCACGACGCUCGUGUCGCUCACGCAGGCCAUGAACGCGAGCUACGACAGCUUCUUUGCCGACUUCGAGAAGGUCCAGUUCGAAACCUGUGCCGCUAUCCAACUGACGGACAACGAGGCGCCGUACUUCCCGAAGCUGGACACGCUGCCUGGCGAAGGUCUUGGGAGGGCGUACCGGAACAGGACGGACGUGAUUGCGCCGAAUCCUGGGGUGAGGGUCAUUACUACGGCCGAGUACUACGGCACUGCUGAACAGAGGAAUGCCACGGUGGCGGAGAUUGAGGCUGUCUCGAGGCUGCUUACUGAGGCAGAGCUCUCAGCUACGUCUACGUAG